CAAAUUUGGCAAGCGAACUAAUUACUAAAAGUGAUAUUUAAAAAAAUAUUAAAAUGUCGAAUUAUUUGGCUCUUGACAAAAUAGCAAGAUUUUUUAGAAUCAUCAGGAAAAAUGGCGGUCUCAUUGGAUCUCUUUUCAAGCUAUGGCGUACUGAUACGUUAAAGGAUGGAGUAUUGGUGGGUACUGACUGCUUUGGUAAUAAAUACUUUGAAAACACAUAUUAUAUGACGUCACGCUGUCGUUGGGUAGAGUUUAACCCAAUGGUCAAAUGGGAUUAUGACGCAAGUCAGAUUACAGCGAAGUGGCAUGGUUGGGUACAUUACAAGACUGACAAACUUCCCAAAGACGAUUGUGCAAAGUUUUGUCUGUAUAGCUGUUGUUGGACACAAUGCUGGUUGUUACCACAUGAGGAGAACCUAUCUGGAACCGACAAAGCAUUUUAUCCCUUUAAGACGACGAAGGAUCACAUAGCUGUAUGGGAUGGUUGUUCUGUGAGUACCCGUGCAGCCAAAGCCAAUAUUUGCCGCGCGUAAUUACGCGCGUUAUUAUCAAUGGAAAGGAAUUCCUGUCCAUUGUGUUGUUUGAAUUGAGAUAUAUAUUUUUCUAAAUUACUAGAAAGCGUUUCGUUGUGCUAUGAAUGUGCUGUAUAUUUCUAAAAACUCAUUAAUAAAAAUUGUA